CAACCGGGGCUCGGGCUGAGAGCGGCGUCUGUGAUUUUACGUAUUCAGUAGAAGCUCAAACCAGAAAGAACAGCUCAUCUGAUGAACCAUCCCAGCCUCUUCUUUCACAGCUUCCUAAAACCUCACACAUGCUAGAAUUGUGCUUUGAAGAGACAGAACCAUUCAGUUUUAAUGCUAAUUAAUAGUGGUGGCUUUGGUACAUCAGUUAUUCGUCACCGAGUCAUUUUACAGUAUUUUUUUUAAGUAUAAGAAGAAUCCUCCCCAGACAAAUCAGGAAUGGCAAGUACUCUUAUCUCAGCCAAGCUUCCCCCUGAUGUAGAUCCAACAAAAGCUCCUAUUGCAUUUGGGAGGAGAGCUCUGCCUAAACUGAAUAGAGAGAUACAAUCUCCUGAGGUGCUGACUCAGCAACGGGCAUUGAUGGCACUCUGUGAUCUGGUCCAUGACCCAGAAAAUAUCUACCAGGCAGUCCAAAUAGGUUUCUUGGAGAACUUGAAGACCUUGCUGCUGCAUCAUGACAGUACUGUCCGAGAGAAGACAACAGAAGUUCUCUAUAUAGUGUCGAUGCAUAAUGUUGGCAGGCAAGGGUUGAUACAAAAUGCAGUCAUACCUGUCCUCACUGAACUCUUGGAUGACCCAGAAGACAUCUGUCGGAAGAACACACAUCAAGUGUUUGACAUGAUGGCCAAGUUACCUGAAGGGGCUGUUGAUAUCCUGCGUGCUGGUUUGAUUCCGUUACUCAUACUCAAAUUGAAGACUGAGUCAGAUGAAAUCCAGGAGCUAAUCCUAGGCACACUCUCCAACUGUCUGCAUGUGGAAGCUUCUGAAGCUUUGGCAACUGAUGCCAUCACCAUUCUGAAGGAAAAGCUCACACAUCCCUCAGUGACCAUCAGAAGCAAAGCAGCUCAGGUCGUUUUAGAAAUCGGUACUCAUCCAGAGGGGAAAAGCACAGUGUGUGAAGAGGUCUUUCCACUACUGGUGAGCCUGUUAGAAGAUACAGAUCCUGAAGUCCAAGCUAGUGCAGCAGGAGCACUGAUGUUUGCUACCAUUAAACCUAAGGGGAGAUGCUUAGCUCUACGUGCUGAAGCCAUUCCACGGUUACUGAAGUUGGUUGCUGAGGAAAACAGCAAAGCCCGUCUGAGUGCCAUUAAAACCCUCACCAUGCUGGCAGAAGUAGCUGAGGGUCGCAGGAAGCUCCUAGAACAUACAAACACGUUUCAGCAGUGCCUGAGGGACCCCAGCGAGGCAGUGAAAAGAGCUGCUGAAAUUGCCAUCAGAGUCAUCCAAUGGAAACCUUUCUGAAGAUGUGGUGUUUCACAGAGAUCUAUUGCCCUCUGUUGUUGCCUCACUGUAAAAGUUGCAUGAUUAUAUGCAAUGUUCAAAAGCAAAAUUCUACUCUUCUUUCAUUCUAAAAAGUCAUUUGUCAACAGUCUUACAUCUGUGUUACAGGUCACUAGGAAAGUAAUGGGGAAAAAGAAAAGCUAACAAGUCUAGCAUUCUCCACCAGGAGUUAUCUCCUGAGGUACCAUACCAAGAUUUUCCUGAGAUAUAAGGAACUGGAAUUUUGCUGCAAAUGCAUGUUGAGCACAGGAUUAGAGCCAUUUAGAGCAUCACUGUUGGAAAAGCAACAGCAAUGUCACAGACUUUUCUGGAGUAACACCUGGUAACACUGUAUUGGGAACAGAGCCCCUAAUAAAAGAGGCUCUGUUUAGUUAGAGUAUGAAAGAAACAUGCCUCUACAUCUGUGCUAUUACCUGGUACUUUGUAGUUUUGUACAGCUGUUGUCUAUCCUCUAAUGAAGAAAAUCAACAAAAUGGAGGUGCUGUGCCAGAAUGAAGGAGUUCUACUGCUGUGGCUCAUUUUAAAGGGAUGGGAACAGGUCAAGAGGAAAGUC